AUGGCAAACCAAGAAAUUACUCAGUGCCUAACAUUGCUUCAACAGGCUUUUAGGUGUCCUAUUUGCUUGGAUAGUAUUCAGAAUGCUCGAGUUUCUCCUUGUUCUCAUGUUUUUUGUAAUCUCUGUCUUGAAAAAACGAAUUCUGGCAGAUCCUCUUCAACUUGUCCGCUUUGCAAAAAACAGUUCCCAACUCGAGCUUUUGUACCAUCCAAUAAAUUUGACCAAAUAGCGAAAGCUAUAAAUGAAACUGUUGACAAUUUUGCGGAAGAAAGUCAAACGGAAUUUGUUCCCGCUACACGAUUCGAGCCUUUACACUUAAGUCAGGAGUUCAGUCAAGCUCUGCCACAGAAACCAAAGGACACACCUCAAAAGCGGGCCAGUACUGCGCGUUUUUCUGUGCGAAAUACUCGCAUUGAACAGCUUGCCAAGGCAACUAAACGAGCUCCAGCUGAGUUUUUCAAACAUAUAAAGGGCAAAAACAACAACCGCAGGUCCUCAUAUUCUAAGGAGGAAACUCAGUCAUUACUUUCAAAUCAAGCUGACGAUAAUGAACAAACUGAUUCCAAUCAUCAGAAGGAACUUUUUGCAUUGACGCAAACGCCUUUACCAGUGGAAUCCAGAGACUUGGAUUUUUCUGAUUUUCCAGAUCUUUCAACCAAGAGGAAUUCGAUUGACAACGUUGAAAAUGAUAGUCAACAGCGCUCGUUCAUGCGUUCUCGUAGACCCAGGCUCCUGUCUGCCGUUAAGAAGCACGUAUUCCGAAGCCUAUCAAGGGAGAGAAAGCGUCGUUUAGGUUCUCCCGAUUCACAGAAUUCCACGGUUAGUUCUUGCUCUGUAAUCCCUCCUCUACGUGAGCGCUUGUCCCUCAUGUCUACACCGACUGAGAGAACUAAGGGCUCUCCGAAACUGCGAGGGAGAAAACGCAGACGGCUAUCUAAUGAGCUCUACUCCCCAUGGCUUCGGAAUUCUCGGAUGCACUUUUUAAAGAAAUAUCGAAUUCCCUCACAGCCUCCAAUAUCUCGUUCUGCGUCUUCUGAACUUCCCUCCGGGCAGUCACCAUCCUGGUCAGGUCUAAAAAACCUCACUGGAGAUAUGGCUAGGGUGUCUAAACGACCGCCCCUUCUAUUCUCUAGUAAGAAAAAGAUCGAUGCAAAUCUCAGUACCUCGUCUGCUGAUAAAAGUUCAGUAGGUGUGCGUGAAGCUCGAAAAUUUCCCGUGUGUCGAUUUUCACUACCCGCCAUAGUAGGAUGGAAAUUUAAGGAAACUGUAAGUUCUGAGGCUGUAUCGGAGAGAAGUCUAAUUUGCGCUAGCUGCGGCUCGGAAAUGUUGCUCUUCCCAAAAUCAAAUUACUGUACCGCUCCUACUAACCCCCCACCUUGUCCUCAAAUCCAUGCUGAAACAUCCUAUUUUCCUGACUCUUUUAUUUGCCGUCCUACUAAGGAUACAGAGAAGGCGGGGAAAAACGAAAAGUGUGCUUCUGCGAAUGCUACUCCUAUAAAAACUCAAACAGUGGAGUCUCCGGGCUUAAUGUCGGUUGUAACUAUUCAACCUUCAUGCAUUCCCCAAACGUUUUCAUUAAAUAGCAAGCCUUGUUCCGGACGCAGUUCUCCAUCUACAAUUAACAUUCAGCCGUCAAUGGUCCCACAAUCCUUAAGCUUGUCUACAUUUGCACCCAAGACGCAAACAGAAGGAGAGAGCGGGGGACUGUCUGGUGGUCUCGAUUUGACAGUCGCCUUGGUAGAGGCUACAGACACUCACCCAACACCUCAAGUUCUUUCCUCUGCAAACACCCCUGCCUCCUUAAUCACCGAGUUGCCACAAGGUCCCUCGAACCCAAUGCCUUCUGAUGCUUCUCUUGAAUCAAUACCACGAAUAAGUCAACCUUCCCUCCUCUUUAUUUCCAAGCUUUCUAAAUAUUACCAUGUUCGCUUUCCUUUGGCUUGUAUAAAUGAUUUCUCCUUUACAGAUGGUCCGAAAGAGUCAAAAACUGGCACAAACGGCGAGAUGGCGGAAGACGUUGUUGGGCCUCAGCAAGAGUUGGUAACUAUGGACGUUGUGGAAGAUGAUAUUGACGUCAUUUCCGCUUCACCCACUUCCUCUUCCACUCUACUCACUGCUAUUCCAGAACCUUCUAGAAGUCAAGACGGUUUGCAUUCUAGAAUAGUCGGUGUUGUAUGUAUUGAUGAAGAUGUAGACAUUAUUCCCUCGUCUCAGAAUGAGGAGGCAGAUGUGAUGGAGAAUAUGGACACAACUAUAGUCGCUCGUGUGGAAAGUAGUCAAAUUGAUGCUGCACCAACGGCACCCCGGAGUCUUGGUCCAUUACCAAUUACAGAUACCAUGCCGUUCACUCAAACAGUACCUCGAUCUCUACAGACCAGUAUAAUCGCUGAUACGGAGAAUGUAUUUGGAAGGAAUGAUGAGGAAUCACCACAACCCACUAUCUAUAUAACUGGCUCCAAUCUAACUGCCGAACAGGCUAAUGCAGUCCGUCGGUUCUGUGCAACGUUUAAUGCCAAGGAGACACCAACAUUUGAUCCGUCUCAUACGACUCAUGUAGUGAUCACGACAUCGGAAAAGAAUCCUCGGGUAGCAACAAGAACUCUCAAAUAUUUUAUGGCUGUUCUCUAUGGAACGUGGUUGGUUAAUCCGUUCUGGAUUAGGGAUUGUCUGCUGGAAAAUAAAAUCCUUCCUGAGGAGUCAUAUGAAAUCCGUGGUGAUUAUCAAUGUGAAACACUUCACGAAGGUCCACGUAAAGGUCGUCUUCGUCUCCCCUAUUUAAACACCACCAUUCCCUUCUCUUCUAACGCGAUCAACGUGCAGGCAUCGUCUAGCCACCUUCGUGAUUGCCGACCCUUUGUUGACCUCGUAAUUUGUCCCUUCAAAAGCAUUAAUCCACUGUCUAUCAAUGAUUUCGAGGCCAUUGUGAUUGCUGGUGGAGGAACAUUUGUCAAGGACAUCUGCCUUGUCAACGCCGAUGUGAUACGAGCGACGAGAGAGGCUGUACUUGGUUCCAAUGGAGCGAUUGAGGAUUCCAUAACUCAAAUGAAUGGGAUAAAGAAGUGUUUGAUUAUAACUCAACCGAGGGUUAAAGGAUUUAAUAUAUCUGAGUGUGUUGAUUUUAAUGACCAUUGGAUUUAUGCUAUCUCAUUAUUCUCCAUUGUUUCAGUCUUGUUCGAGAAAUACAAAAUCCCGGUUAUUGGAGUCAGCUGGCUGUUGAACUGUGCCGCGUCUUAUUCUCGAUUACCUCUAUCGAACGCCUAUACAAUUUAUGCUAAAUACUAA